GACGUGUGACGCACGUUUUGUUGUGGCGCGCGCCAAACACGGCAGCAUCACCCGUCUGGCGGAAAGUGCUUGAAACUACACAAACUCAUCGUGAACCGCGCACGGAGCUCAGCUCACGGCGAACUGGACACAUGGCGUCGACGAAUAAAGCAGCAGGACAGAGCAGGAAUCUACCGUGGGUUGAAAAAUACAGACCACAGAGACUCGAUGAUCUGAUCUCGCACAAAGAUAUUUUAACCACCAUCCAGAGGUUUAUCAGCGAGGACAAGCUCCCUCACCUCUUGUUCUACGGACCCCCCGGAACGGGCAAGACCUCCACCAUCCUCGCCUGCGCCCGCCAGCUCUACGGGGACAAAGAGUUCAACUCCAUGGUGUUGGAGCUGAACGCAUCAGACGACAGAGGUAUCGAUGUCGUGCGAGGACCCGUUCUGAGUUUUGCCAGCACGCGAACCAUCUUCAAGAAGGGCUUCAAGUUGGUGAUACUGGACGAGGCCGAUGCCAUGACCCAGGACGCCCAGAAUGCAUUGCGGCGAGUGAUCGAGAAGUUCACAGAAAACACCCGCUUCUGUCUGAUCUGCAACUACCUGUCCAAGAUCAUCCCGGCCCUCCAGUCCCGCUGCACCAGGUUCCGCUUCGGCCCGCUGUCCCCGGACCAGAUGAUCCCCCGGCUGGAGCAUGUGAUCCAGCAGGAGAGUAUUGACGUAUCUCCAGAUGGAAUGAAGGCCAUUGUGACCUUAUCAUCAGGUGACAUGAGGAGAUCUCUCAACAUCCUGCAGAGCACCAGCAUGGCGUAUGGGAAGGUGACGGAGGACGCGGUCUACACCUGCACGGGUCACCCCCUCCGCUCGGACAUCGCCAACAUCCUCGACUGGUCCCUCAACAAAGACUUCACUGCGGCGUACAACCAAAUCCUUCAGCUGAAGACUCUGAAAGGUUUGGCCCUGCAUGACAUUCUCACCGAGGUCCACUUGCUCAUACACAGAGUGGACUUUCCUCCAGACAUUCGGAUCGGUCUGCUCAUCAAGCUAGCCGACAUUGAACAUCGACUCGCCUCCGGGACCGACGAGAAGAUCCAGCUUAGCUCCAUGGUUGCGGCCUUCCAGGCAGUGAGAGACCUGGUGGUCAGCGAGGCCUCGUAGACAACAAGUCACCCGCUUUGACCACCUCCACGACAGAAUUCACUCGCUCUUAAAUGAUGUGAAGAGAAAGAAACAUUCCAUGAUUCAUACGUGGCAAGUUUUGAAAACAAGCGGACCAAACGGCCACAUCCAGAACUCCGCUCCUUUUAUUUCUUUCUCUCCUGCCGUCGUCAAUGUAACUAAAACCUUUAAAACAGCUCGGCCAAUGUCCUGCAAGGUUCCUUUCUGUAAGAGUGUAUGAAUAAGGUGGAUCUCUGCUUUCCAGUCAAACCGGGGUCAUUUCACUGAUAAGAGAUCUGCAGUCUGUUUGUUUUUUUGGCAGAAGACAGAUGUCCUCAGUUUUCCCACUGUACGACUGCCCGGCACCGCUCCACGGCGCGGCAGAUAAGACAGAUGCUCGCAGAUAACGGAGUCACUGAAAAUGGAAAACAGUUGAUUUGUGGACGAUUCCGUCCUGUGGGCCGAUUAUCAGUGUAGAAUAAACAAGUUAUGAAUAAAAGAAAAAAUUCUGAGACAUGUUAAAUGUUUGCAUCUGUUUAAUAAAAGUAUUUCCUAUAA